UGAGAAAGGCCGAUUGCUGCGCCAUUUCGUGUUGGACGAGGAGCUUUGCAGAGACUGGACAUUGUUUACUGUGAGACAAAACUUCAAACUCUAAUGACUAAUGUCAAAGGUAGCAAAGACAGAUCAAUAUAUAACUUUGUAUAAGAAAACAAAUUUAACGCAAACAAAACGGAGGAAUCAAUCGUAAAGUUAAGAUCCCGUGCCGAGGUCAAAUUGGGCCUUGCUGAUGCUAGUUUGCUAACUUGGUGGCGAUCUUGUAUAAGCUAGCUAGCAGGCCAAGGGAACGUGAGGUGAGGCCCUGCUGCAUACCCGCUGCUUGGGUGGUAACGAAGAGCCUGACGACGGCGAGGACAUUACUGUGGAAUCUGUAGUGUUCGUCACGACACAUUUUCCAAAGGACCAUGGCAGACGAUUUUGAUAUUGAAGCCAUGCUGGAGGCUCCGUACAGAAAGGAUGAGAUCAAGUCCUCUAAUGCAAAUGGACAUGAGGAGCGCAGUAAGAAGAAAAAGAGGAGCCGAAGUCGGAGCCAGAGCCCGAGCUCUGAGAAGAGAAGCAAGAGCAAGGACAGGAAGAAGAACCGCGACCGGAAGGCUAGCAAGAGCCGGGAGAAAAAACGCAGCCGCAGCAAAGAGCGCCGUCGCAGUCGUUCUCGCAGCAAAGAGCGCACUGGCCGCUACAGAGGACGUCGCAGCCCCUUUUUGGGUCCAAAGUUUAAUGGUGGUCCAGGAGGAAAAAUUGGCCUACCACAUGCCAACAAACUAAGCCGGAGACGUUCCAGAAGCCGAAGUCCCUUCAGGAAAGACAAGAGUCCAGUAAGGCAACCAAUUGACAACCUAACGCCAGAGGAGAGGGAUGCCCGUACUGUGUUCUGCAUGCAGCUUGCAGCCAGGAUCAGACCUCGAGACCUGGAGGACUUCUUCUCAGCAGUUGGAAAGGUUCGGGAUGUGCGCAUGAUCUCUGACAGAAACUCCCGAAGAUCAAAAGGCAUUGCCUACAUUGAGUUUCUGGAAGCUAAUUCAGUUCCUCUGGCAAUUGGUCUGACUGGGCAGAGGCUUCUAGGAGUGCCGAUAAUCGUCCAGGCCUCUCAGGCUGAGAAAAACAGGGCCGCAGCAAUGGCCAACAACCUGCAGAAGGGCAAUGCUGGGCCAAUGAGGCUGUAUGUGGGCUCACUGCACUUCAACAUAACAGAGGACAUGCUGAGAGGAAUCUUUGAGCCUUUUGGAAGGAUUGAGAGUAUCCAGCUGAUGAUGGACAGUGAAACUGGAAGAUCCAAAGGAUAUGGCUUCAUUUCGUUUGCAGAUGCGGAAUGUGCAAAGAAAGCCCUGGAGCAGCUGAAUGGUUUUGAGCUGGCAGGGCGGCCCAUGAAGGUGGGUCACGUGACCGAGCGCACUGACGCGUCCACGGCCAGCUCCUUCCUGGACAAUGACGAGCUGGAGAGGACUGGCAUCGACCUGGGAACCACAGGGCGUCUGCAGCUUAUGGCUAGGCUGGCAGAGGGUACUGGUCUUCAGAUCCCCCCUGCUGCACAGCAGGCUCUGCAGAUGAGUGGAUCCAUCCCCUUUGGAAACAUGGCAGCUGCUGCUACAGCUGCUGCUGCCGCCGCUGCUGCUGCCGCCACCCCUUCUAUGAACCUAGGCUCCAGCAUGAACCAGGCCAUGAACCUCCCAACACAACCGCUGGCUACACACUGCCUGCAGCUCUCUAACAUGUUCAACCCACAGUCGGAGAAUGAGCCUGGCUGGGACAUUGAGAUCCAGGAUGAUGUCAUCGAGGAGUGUAACAAACACGGAGGGAUUGUUCACAUCUAUGUUGACAAAAACUCCCCCCAGGGCAACGUGUAUGUGAAGUGCCCAACUAUACCAACAGCAAUGGCUGCAGUAAAUGCUCUUCAUGGACGGUGGUUUGCAGGAAAAAUGAUCACUGCUGCAUAUGUUCCCCUACCAACUUACCACAACCUGUUCCCUGACUCAGUAACAGUAACCCAGCUGCUGAUGCCAGCGCGCCGGUGAACAUCAGUACGGAGACUGUUGCCUAUCAAUUCUAGAAUGUACAUACGUUUGAAAAUUAAACUCAGUUGGCUCUGAAUAGGCAGUUACAGCAUUUUUCAUUAUUUGUUUGAAGGAUAUUUCCUGUCAUUCAACAAAGACUUUACAUUUCUGUGACGGCACUUGUACAUUAGUUCAUUAGCUACUUUAGUGCAAGUGAAAAUGUGUUGUAAAAAUCCAACAGUCAGGAAUUUGAUUAAGGAGUAUCAAUUGUACUGAUGUUGUAAUCAGAGGGAAUGGAAAGUUUCCCAUUUGAAAACUGCCACAAAAAAGUAACCAGUUUGGAAGAUGUAGUUCCACAAUGUGCAAUUCUGACAUACUGCUGUUGAGGACUACACUUUUUUUUAAAUGUCAGCCCUUUAGUGAUCCUUUGCAUUUAGAAGUUCAGAUUGUUGUGCUUUAUAUUAUUCAACGAGCAGGUGUGUUCAUGAAAAGAACCUAUAAAUCACAAAAUAUGAUUUUCUUGUCAUCAGCUGAAGGUGUUCAUUUUGUUUGAGACCACUUUGCAUUUAUAACUUUUUGUAAUAAAGAUUAGACUUUGUACAGAACCUCUGAUUAAACUCUUCAAAAUAUGUAAUCUGGGUAGUCAAUGUGAUAUGUUCUGUUUCUUUUACUACUUUCAAUAACUUCAACUGGAACAGAGAGCAAUGUCAGAUGUAUUUGUAAUAAAAGCUUGGUUUACAACUA